UUCUAGACGACGCUUUUUAUAAGGGAACCAUUAUCUGUCGUUGAUUUUUUUUUAUUAAAAAAUUUGAACGAGUAAAAACAAUUUUCUCUGCCUUUGUUUUCACUCUUGACGGUAUUCUUCCGGAUACGCGGUUCUACAUGAAAAGUGUAUAGCCAUUCAGCUUUAUAUGUGAUUUUGUUUUCUAUAAACUUCAUAAUUCAUUGUACUUCUCUUUGAUCUUCAUUUACCUGUUCCAAGUGCUUGACUUUAAGCUACUAGUCAUCACGUUCCUCUUGGCAUGCAACGGCGAUUGUCGUUAAGUGGGACUCCUAAAAAGUCUCUAGCAAGCUCAAAGAGAAAGGGAAAACAAAGUUCUAUCAAAUAUUCUCCUGCGAAUGCUAAGCGUCGUCGAGAUACUCAUGUUUUGCCGGACGAAGAAAUCGAAACCAUUUCUGAUGAAGAAUCCAUACCUGUAAAUUCUAACUCAUCAUUCUUAUGGUUUGAAAAGUACCAGCCUACAAAGUCGUCUGAACUAGCCGUACAUAAAGGCAAGGUCAAUGCUAUUCGACAGUGGAUGAAUGAAUCCUGUCCUUAUAGUCGUUUAUUGGUCUUGUCCGGUCCCUCGGGAUGCGGAAAAAGUACUACUGUUCGUAUUUUGGCUCAUGAAAUGGGUGCUAGCCUUGUUGAGUGGUCAAACCCAAUGGAUACAAGAUCUCAGAACUAUCAAGACUAUAAUACUGAGCAAUUCUCGCUGACAGAAAAGUUUCAACGGUUUAUGUCUUUGGCAGAAACAUAUCCUGAAUUGGAAUUACAUUCAUCAGCAAAAGAUUUGAGGAAAAAGAAUACCAGUGAAAGCAAAAAGUUUGUUCUUUUAGACGAGUUACCAUAUUUGUCAAAACAAACAGGCACUUUACAAAUGUUUCGGGAGGUUCUCCUUUCCGCAUUACAGUCGAGAGGCCAGUACUCAAUCAUCUUAAUUUUGACUGAAACAAAAUCCAUAAAUUCCGAGGGAACUACUUUUCAAGAUAAAGAAAUGAGUUUUGGAACCCAAAUCCUGGGUCCAGAAUUACUAGAUCAUCAUCAUGUCUCUGUGAUCCCGAUGAAUCCUAUCGCUACAACAUUUAUGAAGAAAGCUAUAGAUCUCAUUCUAAAGAAGGAAAAUAUCCCACUUCAAUCCAAGAGUUCCACAUUCAUUCAAGACUUAGUAACUGCCAGCGAAGGUGAUUUGCGAAAUGUCCUGAACGCUCUCCAGUUUUAUUUACCAAGAAAAAAUAAACAGUUUCCAUCGAAAGAAAACAACGGAAAGUAUGAGAGUCAGUCGAGCACCUCUAGAGAAGCUUCCGAAAUGCUGACAAGGAUAUCUGGUAGAAAGGAUUCACUCUACUCGGCACUUACAACAUUCCGAUGGAAAUUGGAGGAUGAUGAUGAUAAACAGAAAGAAUAUCAAAAGGAUAUUGGUUUGGGAAUGUUACAUGCACUAGGUAAAGUCAUCUGGAAUAAACGAGAAGGGGACGACGAAGUACUGUCAUCAAACGCUCAACCCUCGUCCAAUGUUCCAAACGGAAAAGAAGAACAAAGACAAAAAGGAAAUUUAAACUUAUAUUCUGGUUUAUUUACAGAAGCAAAUGCCCUAGAAAAACGCCCAAGCUUGGUGGACGUCAAAACAACGAUUGAGCAGGCAGGCCUUUCAGGUUCCAUGUUUCGAUACGGUAUCUUUGAGAACUAUAUUGAUUCGUGCUUAAACCAAAUGGAAGCCUAUUCUGUGUGUGAUAUUCUAAGCUUCGCAGACACCAUGGCAAUCGAUUACCCGUAUUCGUAUCAGGCAGAUGAAAUGUCUCUAUGGUUUGCUAUUCAAGGGACUCUUUGGUAUCUUCCGUCGCCAGUUCCUCGAAAGUGGAGACAGAUAAAAUUCCAUCGAUGGCGAGAAGACGAAAUUUCCAAUAGACCUUUAGAUGAUUAUUCGGCUAUCUAUGGUAAGUCUUCGACGAUCGAAUAUGUUCAAACAAUCAUCAAUAAUGAAAACCAAGCCUUAGAAGACCCAGACGAUCCGAUUGAAGAAGAUGAUCCUGCUUAACGAAUACAAUAUAUAUGGUCCCAACUUAACUUAUGAAAUAAAAGCCACAAUAUAGAAAACUCAUUACAAUUUCAUAGAAUAGAUUUCAUUCUUUCCUUUUUUUCUUUAACUUAUUUAUACUCCAUUAUCUAUUGUGUAUGGCU